AUGGAUUCAUUGCCUACUGCAGAUUUGGUGCCUGAACUGAACAAGGAGCAAGGUCCGAAACCAACUUCAGAAGAAGGACCUGAAGGUCAGCAACGAGGUGGAAUGCCACGAGUGAACGCCGCAGCAACCAAGCCGAAUGUUGCCGACGCAAAGGUGAACGCUCAACAGCAGCAGCGGCCUCCUGAUUUCUCCAACACGGCACCCGCAGGAAGAAGGAGUUUUGACCCUACAAAAUUGAUCAGUGCUAACAAGGAGUUUCCUUCGUUGCUGACGAUGGAUUCAUUGCCUACUGCAGAUUUGGUGCCUGAACUGAACAAGGAGCAAGGUCCGAAACCAACUUCAGAAGAAGGACCUGAAGGUCAGCAACGAGGUGGAAUGCCCAAACGAGGUGAACCCCAACAACAGGCCGGAAUGUUGCCCCAAGGUGAACCUCAACAGCAAGCAGCGCCUCCUGAUUCUCAACAGCCGGCACCGCAGGAAGAAGGACAAGCGAGAACGUCAGGACAACCAGCGAAACCGAGUGAUCAUGACAUACCGAAGUCUGUUUAUUUGGUGCCUGAACUGAACAAGGAGCAAGGUCCGAAACCACCUUCAGAAGAAGGACCUGAAGGUCAGCAACGAGGUGGAAUGCCACGAGGUGAACCCCAACAACAGGCCGGAAUGUUGCCCCAAGGUGAACCUCAACAGCAAGCAGCGCCUCCUGAUUCUCAACAGGCACCGCAGGAAGAAGAAAAAGCAGCUCGCCCACCAGGUGAAUCUGACGGCAACGUGGUGGGAGAACCCGAACUACAAAUGUACCCGCGGCCAGCAAAAGGCGAAAAGCCAGCAGAAGAAGGCAAGCCGCCAGGUGAAUCCGAACAGCCAGGUGGAGAAAGUGGAGAACGUCAUGCUCCGGAACAACCGCAUAAGCUAGCUUAUCCACCACCAGCAGAGCCAGAGAAGCCUGCUCAUCCAGCGCAAGCAGAACCUGAGCAGUUACCAACGCCAAUACCGGCAAGACCACGUACAACACAGAAGAUGCCGCAAGAUCUGCAGAUGUUCCCACGACCGGACUCCUUGGGAGUCGCAAAGAUCCCGUCAAAAGCUGUCGAAAAACCGAAACCGGCUCACGCCACUCAACCAACUCAUACUGGACCUCGAGGCGUACGAUAA